CCAGGAAAUCAAGGAUUGCAUGGCGUUGCUUUGACAAGCACUUCCUGUUAUCUUUACGGAGAUCUCAAUGAAGAAUAAUCUCGAAGGAGCAUUUGUCUUCGUGUACUUCUGCCCCAUUAGCUGCUAGCAAAUGCUUUUAAUGACUGAAAAAACAUCAACUAUCCUUGUGCUCGGCCUGCUCUCGGCAGUCAAAUGAAGGUUUCUUUCAGUUGUUUCCAGAACUCUAUUGCUGAAGCACCGCUCUCUUUGUUGGGUGAAUGAAUGUUCAUGAAGCCCUUUCCUGAGCCAGUGGAGGAGCCUUAGGCUUCGUGAAGCCUGCGAUAUGGAAGCUUUGGAAGUGGAUGAUAUCAGCCCCGCCUUGGAAGUUACUGAGGAUUUCUUUAGUACUUUUGACAGUAAGCUAGAAAAGGCUGUGCAGCAAGCUGAGGUUUAUGGGAUUCAGGAAGUCCCUGAAUUGGUGGGGCACGAGGUACUCACUAACAUAACAGACAAUGGUGCUAUCAGACAUGUUGCGUCCCUGGGCAAGGGGGGCCUGCUUUGGGACCACUGUAAGAGCAGGCUCUUAGAAACCAAAGCUCAGAAUGUCUUCCCUGCCAAAGAACAGUUUAUGGUUCAGAAAGGGACAGCCCCAGAUAAUCUUUCCUGGAUGGAACAAAAGGAAGCAUCGACCUUUAACUUUUUCAACGUGUGUCAGCGUCGGAGGGACAGGCCUCGUUCCGUCAAUGACUUAUUGGAUGAGACCUCUACUUUUAAGCCGGGUCAUACUCGGUCAAGGUCAGAUGUCACCCAGGUGGACUGGAGGCUAGUCCUCCAAACCAUGCCUCUGCAGCAGCAGCCACCGUGUCUCCGGGGCCCUCAUUUCACCAGGCCCGCUUUUCUGUCGUCCUCACCAAACAAGGUCGAAGAUGCUCAAGGGAAUACUGAACACAAGCAGGCAUUCCCAAACAUUCUGAAGAAGGGGUACCUGGAGAUUAGGAAGGACCAUGACAGUUACUGGCAAAGCUGUUACGCAGAACUCUCCCCCUACAACUUGUACUUCUACAGCCUUGACAGCAGCGGCAAUCAAGCCCUCUGUGCUACCUACCAGCUUUCACACUUCCAGAGCAUAUCUGUUUUGGGCAACCUCGAGGCCAGGCUGGUGGAUACCGUUCUGUAUGACAACACUCAGCUGCAGUUAAAGGCAGAAUCACCGUGGGAGGCUUUGGACUGGGGGCAGAAGCUUUGGGAAGUCGUGCACGCCACCGUGCCUGGUUACGUAGGGCGGCAGGAUGAGCUGGCCAACUCACCGGGACUUGGUCAUCACGUUGACUGUACACAGAAUCACUGUUUACAGAAGAAAUCCAGUGAGCUGCUCGCACGAUCCCCUGUCUUGGAUAGCCCCAAACAAUACGAAAACAUCAUCAAGUCAGGGACGCUGUACAGGCUCACUGUCCAGAACAACUGGAAGGCAUUUACUUUUGUACUGAGCAGAGCCUACCUUAUGGCUUUCCAGCCUGGCAAGCUAGAUGAGGACCCCCUGCUAAGCUACCAUGUGGACGUGUGUCUGGCUGUCCAGGUGGACAACCUGGACGACUGUGACUCUUGCUUUCAAGUCAUCUUCCCCCAAGAUGUGCUCCGCCUCCGCGCAGAGACCCGGCAGAGGGCCGAGGAGUGGAUGGAGGCUCUGAAAACAGCAGCCAAUGUGGCGAGGAGUUCAGAGCAAAACCUGCAAGUCACCCUGAGAAGCAAACCCAAGGAUCAGAUGGGUGGGCAUGAACUCAGGAAGAACAAACGUCAGUCUGUGACCACCAGCUUCCUCAGCAUUCUUACAACUUUGUCUUUGGAGCGAGGACUCACUGCUCAGAGUUUCAAAUGUGCAGGAUGCCAGCGAUCCAUAGGUCUCUCCAAUGGGAAGGCCAAGGUGUGCAAUUACAGUGGAUGGUAUUACUGCAGCAGCUGCCAUGUGGACGACAGUUUCCUCAUCCCGGCACGCAUAGUCCACAACUGGGAUACUUCAAAAUACAAGGUAUCGAAGCAGGCCAAAGAGUUUCUGGAGUACGUGUACGAAGAGCCCCUGAUCGACAUCCAGCAGGAGAACCCCAUGCUGUACCGGCACGCCGAGCCACUGGCCGCCGUGGUGCGGCUGCGGCAGCGGCUAAAAUCUCUGCGAGCCUACCUGUUCAGCUGCCGGGCCGCCGUGGCCGAGGACCUGCGCCGCAGAAUUUUCCCCAGAGAAUACCUCCUUCAACAGAUCCACUUGUAUUCCCUCGCUGAUCUGCAGCAGGUGAUAGAGGGGAAGCUGGCUCCAUUCUUGGGCAAGGUCAUUAAAUUUGCCACCUCACACGUGUACAGCUGCAGUCUUUGUAGCCAGAAGGGGUUCAUCUGUGAAAUCUGUAACAAUGGAGAGAUCCUCUACCCUUUUGAAGAUAUUUCAACAAGCAGGUGUGAAAGCUGUGGGGCCGUUUUCCAUUCCGAAUGCAAAGAGAAGUCUGUCCCCUGCCCGAGGUGUGUCCGCCGGGAGCUGCAGAAGAAGCAGAAAUCUUUCUGGCGGAGGCUGAACAUGGACGAGAGCCUGGAGGAGGCUUGCAACAUGUUCGAGCUGUCCUACCAGAACACCUGACUCAGCGGGGGCCCGAGGCCAGGGACUGACCUCUCGCUGAGCCAGCAGCCGGCGGCUUCCUAGCUAGCCAGCCAGAUCCCUCUGGAAGAGGAGGAUGUCUCAUCUUCCGCUAGAUAUAGAUGUAUAUUCCCAUGCAUAUCCACGCAUCCCAGUACGUCCUGUGUGUAUGUUCUGUGCAAAUCGCUGUCCAAAAGGUCCUUGAAGCCUCCGUGGCUCCAGAAAACUACCAGUAGCUGAAUUACACUUAGCCUUGAAUUUCAGCAGCUCGCUCCCAAGCAAAACGUGGUUUACACCCAAUGCUUUAGAGUCCAGACUUUUUUUUUUUUUGGCUCUCAGGGGCCAUUUUAGUACAUAGGACACAGGAGGAAGCAUCUCCUACAGAACCACAGAACUUCGGGUUAUUUUCAUGUUAUUUAUUUUUAGCCUUCACAAAGGACGGAGUAACUGAGGCAAAUAAUCAUCACCGUCUAUUUCGUAUGAAAAUCUUCAGGACACAGGAACGACACCUGGAUUGUUCCAGGACCCAGUGUCCCUGACGCCAUCACCUCGGUUUCUACCACACAGGUGGGGAUCACCUCAGCCGAGCCAAGUGGCUCAGAGAUGAGGCCUGUGCUCUCCCUCUGACAGAAAGCAUGCACCCCUGAAUUUAUGAGGAGAGCUCCUUCUGGGUUUGAGGUUCAUCUCCAGUUUUUUCCUGAGAAAAAAGACCUCAGAGACCAAUGACUGCAUGUGUCGGUCUGUUUGCAGGUAUGAAUCCCAGCGCCCCCUGAUGCCGCAGGCCCCCCACCAUAGUUGGUUGAAAACGUAGCUUUCUGAAGAGCAGUUUUCCCGGGGUUUCAUGGGUAAUACUGAUGAGGUCGUAAUGGUGCUGGCCUGAGGAAAUUCCCUGUGACUGUGGUUAAAUACAUCGGUUUGCAGACUGGUGGAGAUAAUGCAUACAUUCUAUAAGUUGGUCUUCAAUUUCUUUUCACAGAAUCUUGUGUGGGCAUUUCCUAUUUAUUUCAAAUGCUUUAUUUCUCAUUGUUCGUGUUUGCACUUUAAUUUGGACCUUUGCUUUGUCACUUCCACUUUCGCAUUUUAAAAUUGUUUACAAAAUCCAAGUAACAUGGGACUUCAAAACCCCCAUGCUAGAUUAUGAAGACCAUGUCAAACUUAUAAAUAUAAUGAAUUCAGUGUAAUAAUAUUGUCUAAAUAAAUGUAGAAUCGCACAUAUAAUUGCCACCUUAAAGUGAAACAGAACGUGCUAAAAUCGUAUCACAGGAGUAGGAAGUCUUAAGAAACUGCUUCCCCGCUUGGCCGAGUGGUGCGGGGCCCUCCCAGGAGCCAUGUCCAGUGGCUGUGACCAGAAUGCCAGAUGGGACAGCGCUGGAAAUCAUGGCUCCCAUCUUCCCACCAGAACUCUUUCCAGAACAGAAAGAUACACUGAUCCUGAAACAAUGUUCAGGCGACUAAGAAGACUCUCUUGCCGCCGAGCAGAUGCCUCCAGUGCCCUCCGGGUUUGGUAGUUUCACUGCUGUUAGAAUCUAGAGCAUCAGUGGCUCAGGAAGUACAGGAUACAUUUAACCCCAUUGCCACUGCCCCCCUCCCCCCACCCCGACACCUUGCUCCCUCCAGAUCCUAACUCUUGAUACCUCCGUCCACAUAGAGGCCAGACAUUUCAGACAGACUUGUGCAGACUGCCAGUUCCUGGGCCCCAGACCACAAGCUCCAUUUAUUUUCCUAUCCUACAGCAGCUGUAACCAAGGGCAUAAAAACUUGCUAAAAGGCCAAGGCUCCCUUCAUGAGGAGACCUUACGGAGCCUUUUAUUCUUGGAAAAGCAGGUUGACUUUUCCCCCACCCCAGUUACAGAGAAUGUUGCACACAAAAAGAUAAAGGGUGGAAAAAUCUCAAACAAGCACUUGGCAAACAGGCAAACAAAUUUGAUCCUCUCCUCCUUUUUCCUCCCCUUCGUGAAACACAGUAUUUAUAUUUUCCAGCCUCAGAGAAGAUAGCAGAACAUGAUCUUUCACAAGAGAAUUAUAGACCUGCUUAUUAUAAAACAGAUGUGCUCCGAUGGCAAAGUGCCUUUUUCCUCCGCCCCCAGCUCCCUGUCACCGUAGCUUACUUCUGCCUUCACCAUAAUUAAUGUAUCCGUGAUCCCAACUGUCAGCGAGGCAGUCCCCCGCACCCUGCGUUUGGAGCCCCGAAGUGCAGACGCCCCUCCCAGCACGCUGGCUCUCGGCACAGGAUCCCCUGUCCCACCUCACAGGCACCUAGCAUCCGAGCGGCCAGGGGGUGCGAUUCUGGAUCCCUGUUCUGAAGGCCUCUGUCUUCACCGGUGCCCAUGGAGAGGGUCCCACUAAAUAUGGUCCUCCCUGGGAACUCCUAAGGAGAACCUUCUAUCCACGUCAAUUUCUGCUUAUUUUCAGAA